AUGAAAAACCGACCAUUCUCGCUGCAGCCGCGCUCUGCGCCGCAACAAGGACCGCGAUCCAUUAACGAGUUCAUACAGCGACUCAAUGCCGAACCAGGCGGAUUCCGCGCCGUUAAUUCGGCCGAGGUGCGCCAGGAAAUCGAGGCCAGCCAGAAUGAAACCGAUGGCGACAACGACGUCGACAUGACCGGCGAGGCCUCUGAGGCUGGCAGCGACAUUACCGAGAUAAAAAGCAUCGCCACUGCCCGCGACGAGAUUCUCCGCGCGAUACUCCAAACUCACCAAACGUCACUGUUUUCCCUCGACUUCAUCUCCCUUCUCCUCUCCAAGGAGAAUCCCGCCCAGGCUGUCACCACUCUCAGCACUAACCUGCGAGAUAUGGUCGGUAUCGGGACCCUCGGUGCGACCAUGCUCGACACUCCGACACCGAUGACCCAGAGCAGGGUGUCCGAUCACAAGAUGGUGGCCAUCGGGAAGCGCCUGGUGGACUUGAACAAGGCUGCGGAUACCGCUCUGGCAACAUCGAAGAGGCUGCAGCGGGAGAUUAGCCUCGAAACAAAGUACUGGUCCGAGGUGCUGGGCGUUGGAGACGACGGAUGGCAGACCUUCCGGUUACCCCAUGAGCCCCAAACCCUGGGGGUCAAGUUCGGAUUCUCCAACACUGCCCCAGAGUUCAAAAACAGCGGCAUCGCUCCCUUGAGAAGAGCAGAAGACGGGUCCGUCAAGCUGGAACACGGGGCCAUGGAUGGCGGCUCGAAACGUCUCCAAGCCAAGAUCCUACAAAAUGGUGUCGUUGUCGGGAGGUCUUCGCUACCACAGCCCCUACCCCUUGACGCUCCACUCCAGGACCGCGUCAAGGAGUCGCGAGACACCGUCUUUGCUCAGGAGCUGUGGCACGAGAUAAACCGAGAAGCCCGCAAUAAGCUGGACAGCGUUGUCACCAUCGCAGAAUCGACCGCUACCUACAACCUGGAUAACACAACGACCAUCUCUCUCCAGCUCGUAACCCUCGGCAACGAGGAAGAAAUAACGACACAGCACCCCGGAGCCCAGGACGCCUUGGCGAACGAGUUAUGCACCAUUCUAGGCCUCCUACUCAGCAAUGCGCACCGGGCCAACGACCUGAAACGGUCCGAACCCAGCGUCAAGAAGGGCUCGAUCCCUCCAUACUCCCUGUUGAGGCCCCUCAUCGCCUAUCACAAGUACGGCCAUUCCGUCCAGCAAUGCGCCGAAUCGCUCACAACCUUGAUCUCCGUCCUCCACUCCGCCGGCGUCGCCUCCUCCAUCACCAUGAAAGAAGCCCCGCUGCGGCCCCUCCCAGGCAGCACGACCCCGGCCUCGACAUCCCUCGCCACCCUCCUCCUCAAACCGCCUCCGGUGCAAUUCGACCUGACCAUCACGCCGGCGUCGCGGCUGCGCAUCCUGCUCAAGCCGACCCUCCUCUCGGGCGCCGCCUACUCCGUCUCCUUCCUCCCGCCCCUCCAGCAGCAGCAGCCGCCCAACUCGCCCGUCAACCCGCUCGCCGCCCUCUGCCCCACCGCCGCCGACGACUACGCCGACCCGGCCAAGCUGCUCGGCUACCUCUACGACGCCGUCCCCUGCGCCCUGGCCGCCGCCUACUACGAGCUGGCCAUCACCCAGCAGCAGUCCUCUCCCAUUAUUGACGGACAGGGCCCGAGCCAGGGGCAGGGCGCGGAGGCGCUGUGGGGCAUGGACGCGCAGGGCAAGGGCAUCGUCGACCUGGACACGGGCGGAGAGUACGGCGUGCGGUUCGAGCUGGUGCGUGACCCGGCGACGGGGCGGUUGGAGCUGACCGCCGAGGGGAAUUGUCUGGAAGCGGGCGAGGCUGAGGCCGAGGCUGGGAUCAAGAAGGAGGAAGAUGGGAACGGGGACGGGGACAGGGACGUGAACGAGGGAAAGAUGGACGGUGGGCUUAGGAAGGUGCACCACGAGUGGAGGUGGCCGGGCACCGAGCUCAAGGCUGGCGCGGUCGCUAAGCAGACGCUGAGUAAUGGGCCUGGGAAUAGGGAGUGA